AUGGCAUCACCGUGGCAUCCCGUCUCGCUCGACCACCUCGCACCCGAUGAUGAAAUGCAUCGCGCCAUGCCGCUCCGACCGCCCUCCGACACCCGCCCUCCUGUCAUGCUUGUCGCAGGGCGCGCCCAGUCGCCGCCCCCCUUGGUCAGCAGCAUCAGCGACGAGCUCCAGGUUACUGCCAGCCACCCCGCCAUCAGCAUCCGCAUCCGCAUCAGCAUCAGCAUCAGCAUCAACCUCAGCAUCAGCAUCAGCAAAGCCCCGACAUGGAAGCGACAUCAGCACUCGUCGGCAUCAUCCGCGGGAGCAGUCACGCCGCCAACGCCGCCGCCGCCGACACCGGGCUCCGGGUACGCUAGACGGGGCGGGACGCCAUCGCGACUGGACCCGUGGUCCCCAUGA